UUCCCCUUACUUUUUAGGAGGGGAAAAGUGAGUCUUAUAGAGCAAAAAAUACGGUAUAUCCUGUUCCGAAGCAGAAGUCAGCAUGGAAGGUGGUUUGCUUGCCUUUGUUAGAAGUUAUUAAAUGGAGGCUGGAUGGCUGCCUAUCAGGGAGGUCGUUGCAGCGGUUUUCCUACACUAGCCGGGUGAUGGCGGUUGUUCUCCAUCUGUGGAUGUUUUAUCCUGGAAUAUUUCAUCCGUCCUGCCUCUGAUACAUUCCCCUCCCCGCCAGUAUUUUACCCCUGUAAUCUACUCCCAAGAGUUUUGGCUGAAGAUCAGCCAAUAAAAUAAUAUAGGUCUCUGUGAACAUUCUGUGGCAUCAUUGCAACCUAGCCAAUGAGGAGGGGUGGACAGGGGAGUGAACAGCAAUGGUGACCUUCAGGUUACUGUUUCAGGAGCUGCACUCGUCCUCGGAGAAGCUGCCCUGCAUUUCAACCUAAGUUCCUUUUGGAUCUCCACAAGAGCAGAGAACCCCACGCAAGGAAGUCAUGCAAGAGGACCAUGAGGAGACCACCGUUCUGGAUCCCCAACAGGGUGUCGUUCAUGCUGAAAGAGCAGGCAGUGACUCUCUCCACAAGCGGAAAGCGCAGACAUUUCCCACGGAGCGUCCCACAGGAUUGGAGGAGCCCACAUUUGUACGGGGCGAAAAGAGCCCUCCCCAGGGAGUUACGGAAGGAGUGGUUUUUCAUCUUCACCAGGGACUGGAGACACAGCUGAGCAGCUGCCCUUCAGAAGGAGAAAGAAACUCUGUUCCUUUCUGGGGUGCCUACGAAGGACUUGGUGGAUCUACAGUACAACAGAGAAUCCCCCCAGGAGAGAUCCAGGAGGGCAGCGAAGGCCACAGCUGGAGGCCAGACUUUGUGAUCAGCAGGAGGAGCUGUAAGAAACGGGACAAGCCAUACAAAUGCUCUGAGUGCGGGAAGAGCUUCAGUGUGAGCUCCGACAUUAUCCGCCACCAGAGAAUCCACACGGGGGAGAAGCCGUACAAGUGCCUGACCUGCGGGAAAGGCUUCAACCAGAACUCCCACCUGACGGCGCACCAGAGAACCCACACCGGGGAGAAGCCGUACAAGUGCUGGGAGUGCGGGAAAAGCUUCAGCCUGAGCUCGGACUUCACCAGGCACCAGAGGAUCCACACGGGGGCCAAGCCGUAUAGGUGCUCCGAGUGCGGGAAGGGCUUCAUCCAGAAGUCGCACUACGUGACGCACACGAGGAGCCACACGGGCGAGAACCCGUUCCAGUGCCCCGAGUGCGGGAAAGGCUUCACAUCCAGCACGCUGCUCAUCAGACACCAGAGAAUCCACACGGGCGAGAAGCCGUUCAAGUGCUCUCACUGCGAGAAGAGGUUCUGUGCCAGCUCGAACCUCGUGACCCACAUGCGGACCCACACCGGGGAGAAGCCGUUCCCGUGCCGCGAGUGCGGGAGGAGCUUCAGCCAGAAAUCCACACUGAUCGCUCACGAGAGGACGCACACGGGCGAGAAGCCCUACAAGUGUUGGUGCGGGAAAAUGUUCAGCAAGAGCUCAGACAUCCUGGCGCAUGAGAGGACCCACACGGGAGAGAAGCCUUACGCCUGCCCAAGCUGCGGAAAGCACUUCAGGAUGAGCUCGCACCUCAUAAGGCACCAGCGCGUCCACACCGGGGAGAAGCCGUACCAAUGCACCGAGUGCGGGAGGAGCUUCAGCGCCAGCUCGCACCUUAUCAGACAUCAGAAAAUCCACCUGAAAGCCAAGUGACAAACAAUGGAACACAGGAGCGAGAGUCUUAAUAGCACAAGGGUGGAAGACUGAGGAAAUCCCGACUAAAGAAUUGUGGCAAGAGAAACUGAUGGCCUAUGCAGAACUGGCAAAAU